AUGUUUCCUCUAAUUUCAAAAGAUCUUCCUCUAUUCGCUUAUGUGAGAGAUUUAGCUGAGAAUGACGACAUUGUCAUCCGUAAUUCGGACAAAGGUGGCAAUGUCGUUAUUCUCAACAAAUCCGACUACAUGACAGAAGCUACUAGACAGCUGUCUGACAGUAUUACAUAUAGGAAACUUGAGUCAGAUCCUACUACACUCUUUUCAAAACAACUACAGAGACUACUAGAAGAAGCUGUGUCUCUGGGUUAUCUUUGGAGACAUCAAGAUCCUUCAUUUCAGGAAGUCGAGGAGAAUCUCCACUCACACCCAGAGAGAGAUUGCUUUUUGGAUAUAGCUCACACAUUGGACUAUACUGAUACCACCUGGGCUGAUACAGGCUCUGCUGAUACCAUCCAGGCUGAUACAGGCUCUGCUGAUACCAUCUGGGCUGAUACAGGCUCUGCUGAUACCAUCCAGGCUGAUACAGGCUCUGCUGAUACCAUCUGGGCUGAUACAGGCUCUGCUGAUACCAUCUGGGCUGAUACAGGCUCUGCUGAUACCAUCUGGGCUGAUACAGGCUCUGCUGAUACCAUCUGGGCUGAUACAGGCUCUGCUGAUACCAUUUGGGCUGAUACAGGCUCUGCUGAUACCAUUUGGGCUGAUACAGGCUCUGCUGAUACCAUCUGGGCUGAUACAGGCUCUGCUGAUACCAUCUGGGCUGAUACAGGCUCUGCUGAUACCAUUUGGGCUGAUACAGGCUCUGCUGAUACCAUCCGGGCUAAUACAGGCUCUGCUGAUACCAUCUGGGCAGACACAGGCUAUGUUGAUACCUUCUUGUUGGCAGCACCAUGCAGUGGCCGAGAUACAAGCACAGGGUCUAGCUGCCAGCUCAGCCUUAGGAAUCCAUGGUCUGAAUACAAGUACAUGCAGGACGGGGACAUCAUUAUCGGGGGAGUGUUCACUGUCAACUAUUAUGUGGAAAAAAUAGAAGAGAAAUACCAUAAUAUUCCUGAGGUUCGCUGUUUGUUCCCAUUUGCUCUGUAUUACAAGCAUCUCCUGACAUUUGUUUUUACCAUUAAUGAGUUUAAUAAGAGCCUUAAAGUGCUACCUAACAUUACUCUGGGAUAUCUCGUGUACGACUCAUGUGGGGAUGUGAGCAUCGCUGUAGCAAAUGUUCUGCAAAUAUUAUCUGGGCCUGGGAAACUGAUUCCUAAUUUCUCCUGCAUGAAAAACAGUAAACUUGCUGGCUUUAUCGGAGAUUUUUCCUCAGCCACCACGGUCCCUAUGGCGAAUCUAUUAUCGGUGUACGACUACCCGCAAAUCAGCUUUGGCGCCACAGAUAUGCGUCUCAAUGACAGAGUGCGUUAUCCUUUCUUUUUUCGGACAGUUCCAAGUGAUCACAUUCAAUAUGUCGCCAUUGCUACACUGCUGAGAUAUUUUAAUUGGACCUGGGUUGGAAUUAUUGUGUCUGACGAUGACAGUGGAGAGGUGGAACUACACGAAUUAAAGAAAGAGACCAACGGUUAUGGGAUCUGCAUUGAAUUUAUUAUUAACAUUGAUCGUGAAGCUGAUAAUAAUAUUGAGGCAUUUUACAAAAAGAGCAAAGCUGCUUUUACCAAAUCAACGUCUCAGAUAGUUAUUGUUUGUGGAACUGUUACCUCUGCUUUUCUGAUAUCCUUAAGAAAUAUGGUUGAUCUUCUUACGAAUAAGACCCUGAUUCUGCCCGGUACAUGGGCUUUUCAUAACUUUCUGCUUGAUGUUUCUGUAAAUUUAUUUAAUGCCAGUUUGUUUUUUCAAAAUUAUGCUGCUGAUAUUGCAGGAUUACAGCAAUUUGUGAAUAAAUUCAUAACAGAAAACCUAGAUGAUCUGUUUAUUCAGGAUUUUCUUAUAACAUUUAUGAGAUGUUUUCCAAACAAUACAGAAAAGAAAAGAGAAAUAUUUUAUAAAGCGCUCUAUAAGUCUCCUCUACACCCAUGUACUGGGAGAGAACAACUGACAGAUAUAAAUGAUUUUUACCAUCAUGGUGCCACCUUUCAGGUGUUUAUUGCGGUAUUUGCCAUCUUACAUGCAUUAAACAAUAUGCAUAUGUCCCUGACAAGGACUUACCCUGAAAAACACAAUGUACAAUAUGAGUAUAUGCACCAGUUAAGACAUUUCCUAAUGAAACUACAACACACUGAGCUCAUGGGAAAAGGUUUAUUUUUUAACGAGAAUGGUGAAACGACAAUGCCCUAUAAUCUAUUAAACUGGAUUUUACAAGACAAAACUUCUACAGAACUAAACUACAAUUAUAUCGGCCAAUUCUCUGCAUCAAAUCCUGAAGGCAAAAAACUUCUCCUAGAACCAAGUUCAAUUAAAUGGAAAACCAGUGAUAAUAAGGUGCCACAGUCUCAGUGCUCAGAAACAUGUCCUCCUGGUUCUAGAAAAGUCGUAAAGAGGGGACAUCAGCCUUGCUGCUAUGACUGUGCCGUAUGUUCAGAGGGAGAAAUUUCUAAUGUAUCAGAUAGUGAAAAUUGCCUCCGAUGUCCAGAUCACGAGUGGCCAAAUCAUAAGAGGAAUAAAUGUCUACUCAAAGCUGAAGAGUUUAUAUCAUAUGAAAAUGAUAUAAUAGCUGUAAUCUUUUCUUUCACCUCAAUAUUCCUUUCUGUAAUAACAGUUGCCAUAUUGGGAUUUUUCAUUUCAUUCAGGAACACUCCAAUAGUGAAAGCCAAUAACCGUAAUGUGAGCUUCAUUCUCCUCCUUUCUAUAAUGAUGAGUUUCCUUUGUGUGUUUUUAUUUAUUGGUCGUCCUGUUGACAUCACCUGCAAGCUGCGGCAGGUGUCAGUUGCGACUACCUUUUCCGUAUCAGUAUCCUCUGUUUUGGCAAAGAGUAUUACAGUCCUAGUUGCUUUCAAAGCUACAAAGCCUGGAAACAUCUGGCAGAAGAUAAUGUCACUACAAUCCUCUUUGUAUAUAGUUUGUGCUUGUUCAUUCAUUCAAGUUAUGAUUUGUUCAUGUUGGAUAUCUGUUUCACCACCCUUUCAGGAACUCAAUAUUCAUACAUUUCCAGGAAAGAUCAUUGUCCAAUGCAACGAAGGCUCAGUAUUUGCUCUGUAUGUUGUUUUGGGUUACAUGGGACUUUUAUCAGCUCUGAGCUUUAUUGUUGCCUUCUUGGUUAGGACAUUGCCAGACAACUUUAAUGAGGCCAAGUACAUAACCUUCAGCAUGCUGCUCUUCUGUAGCGUAUGGGUGUCCACCAUUCCGGCAUAUUUAAGUACUAAGGGAAAGAAUGUCGUGGCUGUUGAAAUUUUUGCUAUACUGUCUUCCAGUUCAGGGCUUCUAGGGUGUAUAUUUUUCCCAAAAUGUUACAUAAUAUUAUUUAAAUCAAACUUGAACACAAAACAACAUUUGCUUGGUAAUAAUAUUAAGUAA